AUUUCACUCGCGUUUUCUUUCUUUCGUCGUACUGGGUGACGGCGGUAUUCCAUUUUGAGUGGCACGAAGAGGAAAAACGCAGCAAACUAUCUCGAACAGAACAUCUUGUCCCCAAUAUCAUCCCAGAACGUUCCUCGCGCGUUUUAUUUGUUCCCGCUUUCCGCUCCCAAGACUUGCUUGUGACAAGAAUUAUUUCUUGGCAGCCAUGUCCUCCCGCGAAAACCAAGACUCUUCCGCCCCGAUGGCCCAACAGCAGCAGCAGCAUCAGCAACCACAGCAGUCCCAGCAAUCUCCACACGAACAAUCUCAACACCUACCGCAGCAACAGCAACAGCAACAACCUCAGCAGGCUCCACAGCAAGGCUCACCUCAACAACAACAGCCGCCUCCAUCACAGCAGGUUCAGCUCUCGCCUGCCCAGCCUUCUCAUCCUCCGCCACUUAACUCGCCCUCAGCGGUUCAGCAGGCUGUUGCGGCUGCUGCUGCGGCCUCGGUUGUUAAUCCAGUACCCCUUCCACAAAACCUGAGCAGUGGGCCAAGUCAAAGCACUGCUGAGAACUUAGUGUGCCAAUGGCAGGGUUGCCAAGACCGGCUUCCCACUGCUGAAGCCCUCUAUGAGCACGUCUGUGAACGCCAUGUUGGCCGUAAGAGCACCAACAACUUAAAUCUAACUUGUGGAUGGGCGAAUUGCCGGACAACUACUGUCAAGCGAGACCAUAUUACUUCGCACAUUCGAGUACAUGUUCCCCUGAAGCCUCACAAGUGCGAUUUCUGCGGCAAGGCGUUCAAGCGUCCACAGGAUUUGAAGAAACAUGUAAAGACCCACGCGGACGAUUCGGUCCUCGUAAGAUCCCCAGAACCUGGCCCUGGAUCCAGGCCCCCAAAUGGGAUGUUUGGUGUUGGCGUUGGUGCCGACGGAAAAUCCCAUUAUUUCGAAGGUGCAUUAGGACCUGUCCCCGGACAAGGGUAUCCGCAUGGAGCUCCACAAUAUUAUCAAAAUCCCCACCCACAGCACCCUUCCAAUCAAUCCUAUGGAAACGUGUACUACGCUGUUGGCAGCGAUACGUCGCAUCAGGCCUCUUAUGAGUCGAAGAAACGCGGAUACGAUGCUUUAAAUGAGUUUUUCGGUGACUUGAAACGCCGUCAGUUCGACCCCAGCUCCUACGCAGCGGUUGGGCAGCGACUACUAAAUUUGCAUGGCCUGCCCCUUCCCCUGGUUAACGGCGGUGCUGUUCCCGAGUACCAACCAAUGCCAGCCAUCGUUAAUGUCGGCGGCCAUGGCGGCGGUUACCAGCCUGGCCCAAUGCCCGCACAAUCCUACCACCUCCCUCCAAUGGGCAACCUUCGCACCAAGGCUGACUUGAUGAACAUUGACCAGUUCCUGGAACAGAUGCAGUCGACCGUUUACGAGAAUGAUGACCACGUUGCCGCUGCGGGAGUCGCCCAGCCAGGCGCCCAUUACAUCCACGGCGGGAUGAGUUAUCGCAAUACUGGCUCGUCCCCAUCUGCGACUCAUAUCCCGUCUAGCCACGCAUCAGCGACCACCACUGCUCCCAUGAUGGUCUCUUCAACUACCGCCCGUUCUCCUCAUACCACGCCUGCACUCACCCCUCCUUCCAGUGCCCAGUCUUACACGUCUGGCCGAUCCCCCAUUUCAGUCUCUUCGACGCACCAUUCUGUUCCGCCUUCGCACCAUCCUCAAUCAAGCGCCGCCAUGUAUCCAACGCUUCCUGCGACAACAGCCCAGGAAAAUCCCACCACCCCCUAUCCAAGUAUUUCAAGUGCAGCGCCGCCGUCGACUCUCAGCAGCGUAUUUGAAAACGAUGACCGCCGCAGAUAUACAGGCGGCAUGCUCCAACGAUCGCAACCACACAGCGCACCCGAAUCAUCACAAAUGUACCCCCUCCCAUCAUCUAAUGCCGAGACCACUAAAUUAUCUACCAAUGUCAUCGACCCAGCCCUCCGACCAACAACAAGAACAGGAAUAUCGGUAGACACUGAGCGUGAUAGCGAAAAACGCUCGUCUAGUGCAACCCCAGACGCUGAGGAAGCAUCCCGCGCUGUAGCCGCGGCCAUUACGGCUGCAAAUGCAACGGGCAGCAAUGAAACCCAUGGCGACUCGGUUGAACAGUGGGUUGCCAAUGUGCGCCUCCUGGAGAAACUACGUUUGUAUAUUUAUGAACGACUCAGCCGUGGUGAUUAUGAGGAGGAGAAUUAUACUGAUUCUACUGAUGUUCCCUCGAGUGAGAUCGACAACCACAACAAGGAUAGCCCUGACGUUAGUGAGAGGAUGGAAGGUAUUGAACUUGGAGACCGAGCGUCAUCGUCGGGCGCAGCUUCUGGCUCGGAUAUGAAUGUCGAUAGGCAAGGAUCUGAGGAGCGACAAAAGCAGCAACAGGGAGGUAACUCCCCGCAUGAUAAUAUAAAGUCAGAUCCGCGGGAGGCACGGGAUGGGGCAAGUCUGUAUCCAGUUCUAAAGAUGGAUUUUGAGGAGACUUGAUUUUCUCAUUGAAAUUAACUUUUGUGAUCUCACCUUCCCCGUUUCGUUGCGUUGCGUUUCUUUCUUUUCUUUUUUUUUUACAAAAAUUUAAAUUAUUUUUACGGUCUUCUCGCUUGAUACUUGAUAUUAUACACCGAUUCCUAUUGUGUCUCCUUUUCUCUUUCUCUUUUUUCUCUUUUUCUUUUUUUUUUUCCUUUUUCUCUUAUUACUCCUUUAUGUCGCAUUUUUCUAUUAUUCCAAUAUUACGUGAUUCUUUACGAGCAGGCUAGUCUGCGGGUCGAAUUUGAAACUUGAGUCUUGUGCCACGAUGAUAUUUGUUCCCUCGUAUGUUAUUUCAUUUUCAUUCUAUCUCUCUCAUCUUCGAAAUGUAUAUCUCACUGAGUUGCUCUAGUAUUACUAACCUAACCUAACCAAAUCUAACUCACCACUCUUAGUUUCUACUCCUUUUUUUUUUUUUUAACCUUUGUCAGUGUCACUUUUCCUUAUUUAUCUUCCAGUGAGGAACCAUGGGUGUAGUCCUUUUCUUUUCUUUCGUCUCAGUUCAGGAUGAUUGAUUUAUAUUAUCACUAUUAUUCUGACGAGUGUUUAUGCUUUCUUUGGUUUCUUUGGUCUCAAUUUAUUCUGUACUUUUUAGGCUCUUCAAUUUUAUCGUUCUU